AGAAACAAUUCGAUUAUUUUAGUUGUUGGAUUUGUGUGAUUCUGUUCGAAAAUUUGUGGGAAAUUUGAGAAAAUUUGUGAAAACUUGAGUGAUCAAAGUCAAAAAUAAUGUAUAGUCUAAGCAGGGCCGUACUGGCCACAGUGGCCCUAGUUUUGGUGUCCAGGGCCGCAUCUGCCGAAUAUAAAAUCGGUGUCGGAAUUGCAGAUUGUACUGGGCCAAUUGCCGAAGUCAACUUUAUGGGUUAUGCAAAUAUAGCCCAAAAAGGCACAGGAAUCCACCUUCGACAAUUUUCAAGGGCUUUUGUCUUUGAUGAUGGAAAUUCAAGAAAUGUCUUCGUCAGUGUUGACGCCGGAAUGAUUGGCCAAGCUUUGAGAAGAGAU